AUGGAAGUUGAUGAUGAGAGUAAUUGUUUUAGGGUUAUUGAUUAUGAAGAAAAUAUUGAAGAAGAAGCUCAAGAUUUAAAAUAUAAAUAUAAGCUUCCAAUAAGAAUUCUUGCAUUUUUUCUCUUUAUGAAUUUUUCGAAUGGAUAUUAUACAUGGAAACAAUCUUUAGUGGGAUAUGUAAAGAAAAAGCAAAAAUAUUUUACAUCAAAAUCUAGUGCAUUUAAAAUUGAAUGUAGAAAAAUUCAAUAUAUCAAAAAAGAUCAACAAGAUCCAAUACCUUUGCAUAAUGUAACAUUAAACAUUGUUGAAGAUGAAAUAAAAAUUAAUCAGGAAGAUAGAUUAGUGGAUUUGGAGACAUUAAAAAUUGAAGGUGACGAUGAAAUAGACCUAUAUAGAAAAGGGAGAAUACGAUACGAUAAAUGGGAGGAUAACUGGGAUAACUGGGAUUACUGGGAAGCAAGAUUAUCUGUCAAAGAUAAUAAAAUUAAAUUAAUUCAACAACUACGAUUUGAAAGUAAAAAGGCAACGGAUUUUAAAAGUAUUAAUGGAAGUGUUAAAGUAAGUAUAAAAGUUUCAGAUGAUGCAAAAGAUUCAAAUGUUGAUGGUUCCGAUAUAAAAAUCCAAAUCGACAAAGUAAAAGAAAAUGAUGAAGAUGAUGAAAUUGCGGACAAAGACAUAUCGAUAUUGAUCGAAAACAAAAAUAAAUUCAAAAUAAAAAAGGCAAAACAUAAUGAAAAUAUUAACCUAGAUGGUGACUGGAAAUUAAAAAUUAAAAAUGGAGAGGUUUACCUUGUUAAUAAAAGAGAGCUAAAAUGUAAAGCACUGAAUAAUAAAGGCAAAAACAUUAUUCAUUUAUAUAGGGUAAACCUAAAUGGUUCUUGGUUUAAAGAUUCAAAUAAUGAACAUAAAUAUAAACAGAAAGACGACCACUACAAAACUAUCGAGCUUGAUAAAGAGAUCAAUGAAUUAAAAAAGAAGUUAAAAUUAGAUGGUAGUACAAAGUUAAACAUCAAAGAUGGUAAAAUUUAUCUUGAAUAUGAAGUAAACGCAGAAGAGGGUAAUAGUAACGACUUAAAAAUCAAAGAUGACCCUUUCAAAUAUGCACCGAAAAGUACUGAUUACUGGUUUGCAAUAUUAAAAAAAGAAAAUCAUGAUAAGUUCUUCUUGCAGUAUGAAGUGCCCCCAUAUGAAAACUUCAUACGACUGUCUGUUGAAGGAAAUAAGCUUAUUAAUUUAAAGUACUAUGAUUAUAUCAAAAGAUUCACAAACAACGAAGAUAUCAUAAAAUUCACAUACGACAAAAUGGUUUAUGAAGAAGAUUUAACUGAAAGCUUCAAGCCAUUGACUAUAAAUAAUGAGUGUGAAGUUAGGCGUGAUAAGUGUAAUUUUAUUAUAAGGUUCAAAAAUGAUACUCUAUAUGGAAAAUUUAAAAGCCUCUUUUGUCACAAUGAUGAAUUGACGGUUAGUAACGGUAAUAAUAAGAUAAAAUUUGUUAGACAACAUAGUUUCUUGAAACAUCGUCAACAUAAUAAUUUCGCUAUAGAACAAGAUGAUAAAACCGGUACUAUCAUUAUAAGAAUUCAAGUGUACGCACAUUCGAUAGUCAAGAUAACGAAUAAAAAAGAUGAUGAUACGAAAGAAAAAGAUGACCCGAUGGUAACAAGAUUAGACCAUGGUGGCGAAUUAAAAAUUCAAAUAAAUCGGAAUACUAACGAUCAAAAUUUUGGCAAGAAUGGUGUGAAAAUUGUACUUUCUAGAAACAUCAACUUACAUAAUCGAGGAUUAUUAAAAAUCAAAAAGGGUUGCGUUACAUUUGUAGAAAAGCCUGAAAAUAAAAGUUUUAUCGACUUAACCAAACAUGGGUUUUUGAAUUAUGUAAUUUAUCACCAUAAGAAACGUGUAGAAAAGUUACGUAUCAGAAAAAGGAGAUAUGACACAAUUCAACAAUUAGAUGAACAAACAUCUGAUAAAAAGAUUAAACCGAAUUUGAGUAAUAAUAAUAAUAAUUAG